GGAGUCGCAGCAGUGCCUGCAGGGGGUGGAGACACGGCAGCGGGCCCACCAUUAACACCAUGCUCUCGGGGAUCCUCGUGGUGCUCUUCCUCAUCCCCAUUGCUGAUGUAACAGAAAACAAGAUUUUAGUGGCUCAGCAUCCUUUGCUCAUUGUAACUAACCAAACUGCAACUCUAGUUUGCAACUACACAUACAAUGGGACAGGGAAGGAAUUUCGAGCUUCUCUACACAAAGGAACGGACAGUUCAGUUGAAGUUUGCUUUAUUUCAUGGAAUGUAACCAAAAUUAGGAGCAAUUCAACUCAAGAAUUCAACUGCCAGGGGGAUCAUGAUAAAGACAAAGUCAUCUUCAAUCUUUGGAACAUGAAUGCCAACCAAACUGACAUCUACUUCUGUAAAAUUGAAGUCAUGUAUCCACCCCCAUACGUCUACAAUGAGAAGAGCAACGGGACUGUCAUUCAUGUGAAAGAGACACCCAUCCAAAUACAAGAGCCUCAGUCUACAAUUCCUUUGUGGAUUCUGGCAACAGUGACUGGCAUUCUUGCACUCUACAGUAUGCUAAUAACAGCAGGUUUUUUUAACUAUUGGCAGAAAUCCAAGAAGCGUAUGUACCAUCAGAGCGACUACAUGAACAUGACUCCCCGGCACCCUCCGUACAAGAACAAGGGUUACCCGUCCUAUGCACCAACGCGGGACUACACCGCCUAUCGGUCCUGGCAGCCCUGA